GAGGGAGGGAGCGAGGGAGGGAGCGAGGGAAGGGAAAGGCGAGCGUGAGCUGCCUCAAAUGCUUGGAAUAAUUCCGCUUCCGUUUGGAAAGCCGCAGCCUCAGUCCCGCCGCCGCCCGCCGCGUCAGCCCAGCGCUAGCUCCGCGUCCCGGCCGGCCUGCGGCUGCCUGCGCCGCACCAUGGCCACCUCCCCGCAGAAGUCGCCUUCUGUCCCCAAGUCCCCUACUCCCAAGUCGCCCCCGUCCCGCAAGAAAGAUGACUCCUUCUUGGGGAAACUCGGAGGGACCCUGGCCCGGAGGAAGAAAGCCAAGGAGGUGUCUGAGCUGCAGGAGGAGGGAAUGAACGCCAUCAACCUGCCCCUCAGCCCGAUUCCCUUCGAGCUGGACCCCGAGGACACAAUGCUGGAGGAGAAUGAGGUGAGAACAAUGGUGGAUCCAAACUCACGCAGUGACCCAAAGCUUCAAGAACUGAUGAAGGUAUUAAUUGACUGGAUUAAUGAUGUGUUGGUUGGAGAAAGAAUCAUUGUGAAAGACCUGGCCGAAGAUUUAUAUGAUGGACAAGUCCUGCAGAAGCUUUUCGAGAAACUUGAGAGUGAGAAGCUAAAUGUUGCUGAGGUUACCCAAUCAGAGAUUGCUCAGAAGCAAAAACUGCAGACUGUCCUGGAGAAGAUCAAUGAAACCCUGAAACUUCCUCCCAGGAGCAUCAAGUGGAAUGUGGAUUCUGUUCAUGCCAAGAGCCUGGUGGCCAUCUUACACCUGCUCGUGGCUCUGUCUCAGUAUUUCCGGGCACCCAUCCGACUCCCAGACCAUGUUUCCAUCCAAGUGGUUGUGGUCCAGAAACGAGAAGGAAUCCUCCAGUCUCGGCAAAUCCAAGAGGAAAUAACUGGUAACACAGAGGCUCUUUCCGGGAGGCAUGAACGUGAUGCCUUUGACACCUUGUUCGACCAUGCCCCAGACAAGCUGAAUGUGGUGAAAAAGACACUCAUCACUUUUGUGAAUAAGCACCUGAAUAAACUGAACCUGGAGGUCACAGAACUGGAAACCCAGUUUGCAGAUGGGGUGUACCUGGUGCUGCUCAUGGGGCUCCUGGAGGGCUACUUUGUGCCCCUGCACAGCUUCUUCCUGACCCCGGACAGCUUCGAACAGAAGGUCUUGAAUGUCUCCUUUGCCUUUGAGCUCAUGCAAGAUGGAGGGUUGGAAAAGCCAAAACCACGGCCAGAAGACAUUGUCAACUGUGACCUGAAAUCCACACUACGAGUGUUGUACAACCUCUUCACCAAGUACCGGAACGUGGAGUGAGGGGCUGCCCUGGGCCCCCACUGCCCAGGAGUUCUUGCUGUUGGCAGACUGGACCCUCCUCUGAACUGCCUUAACCUGCUUAUUCCUGUCUCUUGCACUGUGCUAUCCCACCGGUCCAGCUGCAACCCAGAGAUAGUGGGAAUUGAAAUUAGGAAGGAAAUGAUCAAUAACUCAGUGGGCUGACCCGUCCCUCCCAGGCCCUGGGGACCAACCUAGCAAUGAAGGUUGGGAAGGUUGUUCCCAUCCCGGUGCCACGUCCAGAUUUCCCUCAUGAUCUGGGAACUAGCUUAGGCAAGAGAGUCCCCACAAGAUGAAAAUAAAGAUCCUAGUUACCAUUCAGAGGGUGCUAACUAUGUGUCAGGCACCAUGCUAAGUGCUCUGUUUUGAUAUACUCAAGGCCAUUAAUCUUCAGGACUCCCACUGAAGUAGGUGUUACAGUCCCCUUUUAUAGAUAAAGAAACUAAGGCUCGGAGGUUAAAUGACUUGCCAGAAGUUGGCAUUUUUUUCCUCUUUGGACAACAUGUUUACAAUGAGUCAAUUACAUCAUGUUCUUUGCAUGUUCUAAAGCUGUGCAUACGUGUGCACAUAAGAGCACGUGCAUAUGUACACCUGAGCCAAAAGAGAUGAGAACCUACUGAUCUCACCACUGGGGAAGCUAGGUCAGAGCUUAGUGAUUCACACUGAAAUUGGCAAAUUGGAUUUAACCCAAUUAAUAGUGUGUGUGUGGCAGGAGUCAUGUCCCUCAGAUCCUUUGUACAAAUGAAAAUUACUCUUAAUUCCUUCAGAUUUAUAAAAACUCUGUACUCUAGUUUCAGGGUGACAUUUGAGAAGGAUUCUGCUUAGAAUUAAUGGAGUGGCACAUUUUGCAGCCUUUUUGCUUGAUUGCAUGUAAUGGAAAUGCCCUAUAUUUUCCUGCAAAGUAAGUACUAAAUUCAUUAUCAUUAAGCAAAUGUACAAUAUGCUCAGGCACCGCAGAGAGCUGGGCACGGACCCUUGUGAGCAUCGCUUCGGAAGUAGGGCUCUUCAACAGGGACCCUUGAACUUUAAAGAAAGAAACUAAUUUUUUGCCUUCUAAUUGAUCAUUUGGACUGUUCUGGCUAAGUCUGCCCACAUGCAAUUACCAGCUAAUUCCAGGCGAGGAAAUAUUUAAGUCAUUUAGACCAAGCCAAGCAGUUUCUUUGUGUGGGUUACUCCAGGGCUUGUGGUUACUUGUAUCUCCUCCCUGUGAACCUACCUUUGAAAUACAGAGCUCCAGCGUGCCAGCCUGCUAGGUCCUGUAAGAAUAGGGAAGGGGCAGAGGGGGUGGACAGUGACUAGGGGACGAGAAGCAUGGGGAAAAUAUUUGCACUCUAAACAUACAGAGGUGGGGCUUGUGGUACUUAACACUUGUAGCUGUCAAUUGACCAAAGCCUUGGGCUAGAUAAUCAGUUGUGCUGAUAUUACAUCUCAUUAUGGAAUGUUCAUAAAUAUGCCAGAUAGACACCAGCCCAGUUACCCUCCUCCAGAAGUCUGUGACUGCCUUGUCAUUACUUAUGUCCAUUCCACAAAGCCCAUUUCCAGUUUGAGAAAUUCAUCUUGAUCUGUAUCUACACCACCCAAAGUUAGGCCUCCCAUAGUGCCUAAAACAUUCCUUUCAGCCUUCUUACUAUUUCUUACUAAACUGUCUAUCUGUAGUAAGUCAGGACCCAUAAAAUUCAGAUUUACUACAUGUCUUUACCCUUAGAAUUGUCACUCAGCGUAAUGAGCAUUUAACAUACAUAGGCAAUGUACUGUUUUGUGUUGAUCUAUGUAAAAGAAUAUAAUUCUUUUUUACACAAUUAGUGAAAUUUUAUUUUUUAUUAGGAAACACUAAAUAGUGUAAUAUUUCUGUUGCUUUUUUAAGAAUUCCUGGUAGCAAAUCAAGAUGAAUAAUUGCUUCAUUUUCUUGAGCAAUACCGAAGCAGGAUGAAACAAGAGAAAUACAUUCAUUUAAACAUGCUUUGCUUUAUGAA